UGCGUCUUCCCACUGCGUAAAUGGAGGCGGAGAACACCACUGAAAUCGCGAGGCCAAAGCCGGAAAUCGACGCCGACGACAGGCUCAGCUCUCUGCCGGACGAUGUCAUCUCCCACAUUCUCUCUUUCCUGCCAACCAAGUACGCCGUCGGAACCGCCGUCCUCAGCCGACGCUGGAAGGAUCUCUGGAUUAGGGUUUCGAAUCUCGAUUUCGACAACUGCCUGCUUUACCAGCCACUGCCCGGGAACUUCGCCGUCCACAACUUGCCACCGGAUGAACAGCGGAUGCUUAUGGAGGAUCGAGAGAGGAAGCUCCUGGAAUUCUCCCGCUUCGUCUACAAGGUUCCGAGCCAGCACAAGAGCCUCGAUUCUGUAAGGCGUUUCCGCUUCCAUUUUACAGUAGAGUAUAGUAAAAGUGGAGUGUGUCCUGGUUUUCAGCUUGAGAGGGAAUGGGUGUUUGGACCUCUAGUUGAGGAAAUUGAUAUUCUGAUUGAGGCGUUACCGGAAUCAGGUCGCCAAUGGAUCCGCUGCCUUCCACAGAGCUUUUAUACAUUGAAGAAUCUGAAAGUUGUGAAGCUUCAUGGGGUUAUACUGAGUGCAGCAGAAGGGUCGGUUCUUCUUCCUAGUGUGAAGAUUUUACAGCUUUGUGAAGUUGAGUUUAGGGACUGCGAGUCAGUAAGCAGUCUCAUUUCUGGCUGCCCGGUUCUAGAGACGGCUCUUCUGGAGGGUGGCUGUUUAUCGCACAGGAAUGAGCAAGACGUGCUCAUUGUUUCCUUACCAUCCUUGAAGAACUUGAAGAUAAUCCGAUUUGGCAAUUAUGAUAAGUGUCACAUUGUAAUCGAAGCACCAGUACUUGAGGAACUUGAUCUUCAAGAUUUUGUGGAUUUGGAGUUUGUGGGCAGUAGUCCUUUGGCAUGCCUUCAUUCAGCACAUUUUGAUAUUGGUCCGUAUCAAAGCUCGGAUCUUUCACUGGAUGGGGUCCUCGAUCAAAUCUCCUAUGCAAAGAAGAUGUUCAUAUCUGGGGACACUCUGCAUCAUCUGUCAGCUUUCGAUCAUGUUCAGUUUCCUGACUUUCCGAACUUGACGCAUUUGACAACCCAAACUGGGGCCAGCAGCUUGGUUCUGCUCUCUUUGCUCGAUUCAGCCCCCAAAUUACAAUCUCUUGUCAUUGACAUGGGGACUGCCACUCAAGCAAUGAGAUUGGGGUGUGAGUUAUUUGAUCUUUGGACGCCCGAGUGUUUGUUAUCCAGUCUCGAGGAAAUCGAGGUCAAGGAUCUUGUACCAAAUGAAGAUGACAUGAAAUUGGUAGCAUACUUGCUCGAGGCUGGAGCUGUCCUCAAGAAGGUAGAUAUGCACGUACAACAUUAUCAUCACGACAUAAAAGGCCGCAAAAAGCUUGCAUCACUGCUAGAACUGCCUAGAGGAUCCAGCUGUUGUGAAGCUCGUCUUUUACUUUCCAAUAACGAGGAGAUCUGCAUCGAUAGCAACAAAGAGGCCGUCAUUGACGAUGAUAUGAAUUUUGACGACUACAGUGACAUUGAAGCCGAAAUGGAUGAUGAUGACGACUUUGAUGAUUUUGAUGGCGACACGGAUGAUGACUGAUGACAUUGUUGACGAGACCAAGGACUAGGUCGACGAAGGAAGAUGAGGCUCUGAAGCAUGGUGGUGGUCUAGUGAUUCAGUUAGGCGCUUCGGAUAAUGUGAAGAACUGCAUUUUCUUAUCCUAGUGAAUAUGAUAGAGCUGCGAGUCUAUGGAUCCAACUGGUAGUGUAAUUUUGAGUUAGCUGUCCCUUUUGAAGUAGUGGUUUGGCUGCAUCGUAGGAUCCUUUGGUUGAAGAAAGACUGUUUCAAUCUCUUUGUCUAGGUUAUUUCAGCAGUUUUGCUAUGCUCUACAGUCAAGGACUCGAGGCUUUUGUGGAUACACGUUUUCAGGUGGAUUUUUCAAAGCGGGAUGCGGAAGAUGCACUAAUAGAUAUUAUUAGUCAUU